GUUACCUCAAAACGCGCUAUCCACGUUCAACAAAGAAAGAAUACCUUAUGAGGGAGAGAAUGCAGUUCCACUGUCCGCCGCGGACAAAAGGCCAACAAGACGCAGUGAGGUGAAGAAAGGAGAAUGAGGCGCCGCGCUAAUGUCGAGUCCACGGUAAAAACGGUAAAGGAAAAUAAGACCGGCCGAUCAACACUGUGCCAGGACAAAUGGAUAGCAAACAAAGAGUCAAGUUUCUUACACCCACUGCACGCUCCCUAAUCAGAAGAGGUUCAAGCUACCCUUAAGCGGGUUCGUCCUUUCUCGCCAGCCACCCCUGGCCCUCAACCGUCCGUUACCUCUGAGCUGAGAGUCGGUACCCGGUUCACGACACUCUCCCGCACUAUUUGGAGAGAACUUGUCACGCCCCCUUUCUCUCCCUCAUCUCUAUGGUUUCCGUCUACUGGAGCGGCUGCCUAUGAUGUCACAUCCUCCACUUCCGAGAGCAGAGAACAGCGGAGGGCUGGUAUUCGUUAGAUUUUAUCAAGGGGUCAGAGAAUGUAUAAUCCACUCCCUUAUGAGGCAGUUUCCCAGUUGAUCCUUAGAAACUCUUCUGAGCAUUUUCCUUGAGGGAUUCAAUAAAUUCAUUACUGAACAGCCCUGAUUCUCUCUAAACUAUUAAAAGAUGGACAGCGAGGUACAGAGAGAUGGGAGGAUCCUAGAUUUGAUUGAUGAUGCAUGGAGGGAGGAUAAGUUGCCGUAUGAAGAUGUAGCAAUACCAUUGAAUGAGCUUCCUGAACCAGAACAAGACAAUGGUGGCACAACAGAAUCAGUAAAAGAGCAAGAAAUGAAAUGGACGGACUUGGCUUUGCAGUAUCUUCAUGAAAAUAUUCCUCCAACAGGAAACUAGUCUGUCAGUGAUGCUUCUUGCAGUAGUUUCUCUGCAAAUUUUUGCAGCUCUUCAUCAUCUUAUAUUAACUUGCUUUAAGUGGGAAAAAAGACAUUUGUAAAACUUCUAGUCCUGAGUCACUGAUUAGGUCUUUGCCAAUAUAUCAAAGCCUUAACAGCUGCAUACACCUAGUGUGUGUUAAUUAAUAAUUCCUUACAAUGUUCAGAUAACAGGGUUGUUGUUUUUAAAUUAUGUCUUAGUAUUAGGUUAUGUGAUAUAAGCCAAAGAUAUGAAAUCUGAUUACAGUAGUAGUAAAUAUUAACCAAACUGUGUAUGGUUAAUGUCAUUCUCUAUUUGGCACUUGUUUUUUUAUGUUACAUGACCUCUCCCAAGUUAGACUUGGAGAUAAAUCUGAACUUUCUUUUACUGUAUCUGAGUCUUUCUUAUGGGAAGACUGCUUCUGACUGAGAUAAGCAUUAAAGGAAUUCUACAUAAGCAUCUUUGAAGAGAGGAAAAGGAGCCUUGCAAUUUGUAUAUUCUGCUUACAGAUUUCACUCCCAUUGAAACAGAAAUCUUGGUAACAUUUAUUCCAUAUAUUUAUAUUAAAGAAAUGUGUUUGUAA